UUUUUCUACUUCCAAGGAACUGAGAGCAAAGACUUUAACAUUGAACAACAACCAGAGUUUCUGCCAGUUAGUCAAGGUGACAAUGUAAAUAUCCAGUGCAAAAUCCUAAUUGAGAGCUGUGCAGAGGAUCAUAGUGUCCACUGGUUCAGACAUGGUGCAACUGAAUCUCAUCAAGGAAUAUUGUACAUUCAAAGUGGUGGACAUGGUCAGUGUAAAAGGAGUGCAGAGGCUGGUUCUAAAACACAAAGAUGUGUUUAUGACCUCUCUAAGAGGAACAUUAGCCUCUCUGAUGUUGGGAUUUACUACUGUGCCAUUGCUGCAUGUGGGGAGAUAAUGCUUGGAAAUGGAACCACAUUGAAACACACAGACAAUGCAAAUAAAAAUGAUUGGGAUCCACUACUCCUGUCCUUGAUAUCAUCCAAUGUUGUUUCUUUGAUAGUAAUUGUAAUAUUCCUUGUUGAUCUUUGCAAAAACAAGAGAAAAAGGCAGAGAGGAUCUACAAAGUCCAGCACAUCUCAGUCAUGUGAGACUGGAGACUUUUUGAAUUAUGCAGCUGUAAGUUUUGUCCCCAUCCCUUCAUCUUCAAGAAGAACCAGAGGAUUAAACAACAGAGACUUGGCUGAAUACAGUGAAGUCCAUUAUAAGCUUAGAGAUCAAAUGCCUUAACACAGUCUCGGCACAAAUUGUUUUUGAUUUACUGUAAAAAAAAAAAAAAGAAUAAAAAGAAAUGUAUAUUUUAAAA